CACCUCUCAAAUGGACAGUGAACGGACAACUUUGAUGCGAGAGCGAGUCCAGGCAGCGAGGGAGUGAGUUGUGACGAUAUGAGGCGAGUACACACGUCCCCCAUGGUUCAUUCCCCCAUCCUACCUCGUCUUCAUCAACCACACCAAACCACCAAAGAUGAUGUGCCGUGUGCUGUUGUUGCUGCUCGUUGUGCUUGUGGCACGUGCAAGCUUGGCCACGACGCAGAGCGGUGAUGCGCGCCAGCUGCGGUUCAGGGCGGAUACGCGGACGUUCAAGAUCGUGCAGUUCACCGACCAGCACUAUGGCGAAGGGGAGGACGUCGCUUGGGGCCGCCAGCAGGACAUCAACUCGACACGCGUCAUGCGCAGUGUCCUGCAUCACGAGACGCCAGAUCUCGUCGUGUACACGGGAGAUCAGCUCACUGGCAACAACAUCCACGACAACGCAACGUCGUACUGGCGUGAGCUCCUCGCACCCACACUUGCUGCAAACCUCAGCUGGGCGUUUGUGUUUGGGAACCACGAUGACAUGCCGUUGCAGCCGGGCCAUCCACAGCACGGCCUUGGAUCCGACACAUCCCGCGCACAGUUGCUUGCCUUCGACAACCAGUUCCCAGGCUCCCUGAGCUUCGACGAGAACCCAGCGCUGCCGGGCGUGACCAACUUCCACCUGAACAUCAAACACUCCACAGGCAAUGGGUCCACGCCUCUCUUCUUCUUUGACAGCGGCGGUGGCACGCUGCCGGAAGUCGUACAUGAAGCACAGGUUGACUGGUAUCGGUCGCUGCCCAGCACAAGCCCUGGCAUCGCCUUCAUGCACAUUCCUCUACAACAGUACACGACAGCGAUUGCAUCUGGGGAGGGCUGCUUUGGCAUGCACCAUGACGAUGUGACGCCGCAGGCGCGUGAUACGGGCUUGUUCCGUGCGUUUGUUGACAAGAGCGAUGUGCAGGCUGUCUUUGUGGGCCACAACCACGGCAACGACUGGUGUUGCAGCCUCUCCGGGUUGUGGCUUUGCUACGGGCGACACACGUGAGUGAACUUUUAACUUCCACUCCCU